GGCAUCGUGGGUGUUGUAGUUUAUCGGCUGGCAUCGGGGCGCGUGCGCACACUUGCGAAGUUGACGACGUCGAGACGAAGUUCGUUGGGAGCUUUUCCUAACCGACCAUGAGGGCCAAGUGGAGGAAGAAAAGGAUGCGGAGUUCCAUUUGUAUCACUAUGGCUGAAUCAUACCGCAAGCCAGCGCAGCUCAUCUUUGAUUCAGACAUCGGGGAACGAUGGAGGCUAUUCGAAAUCGAGUACGAACACUAUAUCAAUAUCGUCUAUCGUAAUGAACCAGAUGCUGUCAAAGCUUUGCUUCUACUAAACCUGGCAGGACCUGAGGCUCUGAUGAGAGCACAGACUUUUGACUUCGCGCCAGCAGUUCUCGACGACAACAAUCAGGUAGUUGUACCUGCUGAGACUAUGCGUGACCCUAAUGUUUUACUGCGUAAAUUCAGGGAACUAUGCGACCCACCCUUAAACCGUAUCUUAGAAAGAGCAAAAUUCUUCGCGAGACACCAGCUUCCUGAUGAGCCUGUGGAAAGAUUUAUUUGUGAUUUGAAAUAUAUGGCUCUGCAAUGCCACUUCGGGGUUAUGUCCGACGAAUUAAUCAGGGACAUGCUUGUCAUUGGCAUGACUGAUCAAAACCUAAAGAUUAAGUUGCUGCGGAAUGCUGACUUAACCCUUAAACAAGCUGUGCAUGCCUGCCAUACGUCAGAGAUUGUGGCUACACUUAGUGACCAGUUUGACACUCAGAAAAAGAGUAUAAACUUGACGGGUUUCAACAAACGCCCAACCACGACAGCUAACAGAAGAUUUAUGAACGAACCGCCGCAAACGGCUAACCGGGGAUUUAUCAAUGAGCCGCCGCAAAGAUGUCCGAAUUGUAACUAUUUCCACAACAAGGGACGAAUGUUCUGUCCUGCGAACGGCAAACCAUGUAACUACUGCAAGAAAAUGAAUCACUUCGCCGUUGCCUGCAAGUCCCUUGGGAACAGACCUUCCAGCUCAGCGUCUAAUCUGCACCUGUUGCAACAAGACUAAACAUUUCCAGGCACACAGGACCAGCUCGAAGCUGCCCAUGAGGACGAUCCAAUUAGCGCAUAUGAAGAAUCCACUGUGCACACACUCCUACACUCCGCUGGUAUGCUUUCGGAUCCAUCUGUAUCAAUGUUCAUUAACAAUAAACCUGUGAAGGCCAAAUUGGAAGCUGGUGCCACAGGUGUUUAAACCAGCCACGGUCCAGAAGUGCAUCGAGGAGAAACACAACAUCCGGAAACGAUCCUAUGACAAAUCCAAUAAACCACUGAAGCUACUGCUGCAGGGUCAAGUCGUCCGUCUGCAGACCACUCUGGGACAUUCCCGUCUAGGUUUCGUUGUCGGCCCGUGCCAAGGAACCCCUCUACUACCUUGUCAACGUCGAUGGUGCCCUGCACAGACGGAGCCGCCAAAACUUGCUGCUUGUAAAAAAAAAACCCGUCCACCACCAGUAGAUCCUUUUGCUCCACCUCUGCUGCUGCCACUAUCACUAGUCCAAGCAUGUCCCGUUCUCUGCCACGACCGGCGAUCCCGUCUAACAACAACACUACCUCUCCCGCAUGCUCACCCUACCGGUCGCCUAUAGCGUCCCCAGCUGCCUUCUCCCUUCUGGGUUCACUGCCUCCCCCACUAAUUUUUCUGGUACAUGGGGAGAGGGGUUGGUUCGUACGCGUUCGGGUCGUAUUAGUAGACCGCCUGAUAACGGCGAGUACGUUUAAAUUUGCGCGUCUUACCUGUGCGUUAUAUUCGCUCUAUGGGGACGGAUGUAGAUUGGUUAUUGCAUGUGAACCAAUCAUAGUAGAGUAGCAUCAUUAACCCCACCUUACUGUGUGCUUUAUAUUAACACCCACUUCCUACAUUAAGUAGUCUUGGAAGCGGUAGUGAUGAAUUAACAACUAACAACCUGCUGUACCACUAUACUAUGUGUUACAAUUAAAGAUGACUUUAAACUCUAGACCUGU